AUGAGAAGAUAAUUUUAAAGCACUUAAUAUAGUGCCUGUCAGAGUAAGCACUACCAAAAUGUUAGCUUCUAUUGUGAUUGUUGUUGUUGCUAUUAUUUUGUAUUCCAUAAAUGAAGCAAGAUUGAUAUAAAUCUAAAUCGAUAAGAUACAUCAUGAAAUAACGACAUAAAAGACUAUCUCUAUAUCUGGGAAAUUUCCACGUCAUGAUUAUAUGAAAUUUACUAGCCUCCUCUAGUGCUCCAGGGACAUGGCUGCUUGGGGACUGAGAAAUCCAUAAACUCUCCCUGUAGCAGCUGACAAUAGAUAUAAAAUGAACAAACCACAGAAGAUUCUACCUUCCAGAUAAGCAGGUAACCUUUUAUAUUCAUUCGUGUGUGUGUGUGUGUGUGUGUGUGUGUGUGUGUGUGUACGUGUGAUCUCAGUGCCCUAGUUUUCAAAAAUAAGGAGUUCAUAAAACUCUGUUAAAAAAACAAACUGAUCACUAUCAAAAUAUGGAGGUAAAUGAUGCAAUUUAGAUGCCAUGUAGUGAAUUCACUCAAAAUGAAUGGGCACAAACUCUUUCUAGGAAAGUUUUCAGAUGAGAGGUCCUAGCUAUGACCAAUGCCACAGAUUCUUUUCUGAAACCAAGAUAAUCAAAUAUCUUUUAUCAAGUAGAACUGAUCAAGAAUCAUAUAUGGAAUUCCAGUGAUCUUUAAGAUUAAUGCUUUGGAACUUGACAUUAUCUGAAAAACAAGUGUAUCUGUGUGUACAUAUAUGUACAUGUGUAUAAAAUCCUUCCAAGUCUCUGUAAAUGAAAGUUAUUAAAAAGGUGAAAAUUAUAGGCUUUUGUAAGCCCCAUUAUCCAGGCAGAAAUAUAUUCUCAAUUUAAUGAGGCAAAAUGAAAUGUGGUUUUAAAGAAAGUAGCUAUAUGUGGAGUAUCUUAGAGAUUCCAUCUUGAGAACAAGAGGUAGAGAUUGGAAUAGAUCCAAUAUAUGAAAAUGUUUAGGGCAUUCCUUAAAGGGGAAUUCCACUUCUCAGCAUGGAACAUUGCUUUACCAUCUUUAAUCAUAGAGAGUACCCCAUUAAGCAAGAGGUUACCUGAGUGGAACAGAAUUACUGGUAAAUGAAUUGUGAUUUAAUAGCCCAUGUAUUCUUAACUUCCAACACCACUUGGUUCCUACUUCACUACAAUUACUCCAAUAUUGUUCUCAAAUACUCUAUCCUGCUUCAAUAUAUUAUAAUAACCCUUUGACCUACUGAGUCAUUAAUUUUAAAAAUAUAUUCAUAAUAUUAUCCUUGCCUAUCUCUUGAGGAUAGUUUCAUAGUGUAUUUCUGUUUUAUAAAAUAAAACCAUAUUCAUUUGCCAUCUGGUGACAGAACAUUUAAAUAUAUGUGAUUACAUAAAAUUAUAUGGCAUGAUAUGAUAUGUGAAACAGUAUGAACUGAUAUGAGUGCAAAUUGAGUGAAUGCAUUGUAUGACAUCUAAAUUGAUAAGCCAUAUUGCAGUUGAGUAGGAAAUUUGCUGUUCAUCUUAUCUAAGAAAUUUCUAUGCACUAAUUGCAUAAUUACCUAUGCAAAUCCACCUCAAAGAAGACUUAUUGGUUUUAUUCUCAGAUUACACACUUUGAAUGGAAGAAAUUAUUAAAUUGAAUGAAACCACUGGGAGCCAGGUGACCGAAUUCAUUCUCAUGGGCAUCACCAAAAGUCCUGCACUUCAGGGCCCCCUUUUUGUUCUGUUUUUACUUAACUACAUAGCCACUGCUUUGGGAAACUUAGGUCUGAUUAUUCUAACCACCAUUGAUUCCCACCUCCAAACCCCAAUGUACUUUUUUCUCAGACAUCUGGCAUUUGUUGAUCUUGGUUAUUCUACAGCUAUUGGUCCAAAAAUGCUGGUUAGUUUCACAGAGGAGAAAAAUAUUAUUUCUAGUAAUGGAUGUGCAAUACAGCUAGUUCUCUUUGGGAUAUUUAUCACUAAUGAUUUUUUUAUCCUGUCAGCCAUGGCCUAUGAUCGCUAUGUGGCUAUCUGUAAGCCUCUUCUCUAUAUUGUCAUCAUGUCAGAUAGAGUAUGUUGGAUCUCAAUGGCUUUCUCAUACUUGUAUAGCAUCAUGGUAAAUUUACUGAUUACAAUAAAGAUUUUUAAGUCAUCUUUCUGUAAAUCAAAUGUAUUAAGACAUUUCUUUUGUGAUGGUCCUCCUCUAUUGUCUAUUAUUUGCUCAGAUACCAGCGAGAUUGAACUAAUCAUUUUUACCUUUGCUGCAUUUGAUUUGGUUUUUUCCCUCUUAAUUAUUCUUGUAUCCUAUAUGCUCAUCCUUGUGGCCAUCUUCAGGAUGAACUCUCCUGAGGGCAGGCACAAAGCCUUCUCUACCUGUGGAUCUCAUCUUACAGUGGUGGUUGUAUUCUAUGGAACACUUCUCUUCAUGUACCUGCAGCCCCCAUCUAAACAUUCCUUUGACACAGACAAGAUGGCUUCUGUGUUUUACACUCUGGUCAUCCCCACGCUCAACCCCUUGAUCUACAGCUUGAGGAACAAAGAGGUGAAAGGGGCCUUGAGAAGACUCUUUAAAAAAUUGAAAUAAACAUUUUAUUUAAUUACAAUGUAGAAUAUUAUUCCAAUUACAUUAGUAGAAGCAAGUAAAUUUCUGCUACAUUUCUUUGCCAACUUCAUCAUUCUUAUGUGUUAGGGAAAAAAUUCUCUCAAUGUACAGUCUGAGAAUGACAUUUGUCUGUUAAGUUUUUUUAACUUGUCAUUCUCCAUUUAAUUGUAGUUUAGUAGAUCAUAUAAACUGGAGGGACAUGUUAAAAUUUAUUUCAAAGUAGCUCAAUAAACUGAUUUAUUUUUUAUAUAGUAGAAUAGUAUAGGUCCUAAUUUUUUUUGAAGUUUUAGGAAAAUCAGUUAAUAAUCAUUUAAUAAAUGAUGGUUGUAGAUAUUGAGUUUGGUUUUGGGUAUACACAGAAAAGUUAAACUAACAGUACUGACAAUCAAUGGAAUUAUAUAUUAUUAAUGGAAAUGACAUGCAAAUAAGAUCCACACAACCCAUCAUAGCAAUCUACUUUUGAAUAUAUUUUAGUUUUUAGAAUUUGAUCUUUACUAUAACCUUCAUUUACCCUUCAUAAUGUCCAACCAUUAUUCC